AUGUUGUCACCUGGGAGGGCACCCUUUGGCCAACCGGUCCGCAUGGACUGGGACGCCAUCGAUGACGAAAUGUACAAGGUUGCACCAGAGUUCAAGGAUCCACGGUUUGACUCGUUGAGGCUGGUGUUGAACAUUGUGAGCAGCGUGAAUGCAGAGGCCAAAGUCGAGGAGCUUCGGGCACAGCGGGAACGAGUUGAGGAUCUGGUGGAUGAUGUCGUGCAAGCCUACCACAAUGGCUUCAAUAAGGCCAUCCACAACUACUCGCGCAUCCUGCACCUCUUUUCUGAGUCCAAGGAGCAGGUGGAAAAGUUGAAGGUGUGCCUGGAAGAGGCCAGGAGGCGGCUCGGGGCGCAGUCGCGUAGCCUGCAGCAGCAGUGGCGGCGAGGCAUCACACUCAGUGACACAGUGCGCCUCUUGGGGGACGUCAACUCCAUCAGCGAUGCCCCACAGCGCGACUGGGAGGCAGCAGUGGAUGUGCUAUUGGAGGCUUGCAACAAAUUGGCCCGUCGCGAAUUGGACAAUGUGGGGGCGCUGAAGGAUAUAAAACGGGACAUGGCGCUGCGGCGCAACAGCCUGCACAAGCUGCUGGUGCACGAACUAGAGGACCGUGUGUUUGUGUCCGUGAGCAAUCCAAAAGGCGUCUCAGGGACCUCGGACGACCCAGACGGCGAGGAGGAUGAAACCAGCAUGUCCAGCUCCAUCAUGCGCAGUGACUCGCUGCUGGCGCUGCUGUCGAGUCAGAGCAAGAGCAAGGUGGAUGCCGCGGCCACUCCCAGAGGCAGGGAGGUUCUGCUGCAGUCCAUCAGCGGCAGCAACCUGACCUCUGGCACAAUUAGCUCAAAGUCUGGCCUUGACCGGAGCUCCUCGCUGCUGUCCAGGACUGCAGCGCUGAAGCUGGCGGAGAGCAAGCCGCUGCCGCCGCUGCCCAUGGCCAAGCUUGUGGACUGCCUGGUUAAGCUGGGAGGCAUUGCUGAGGCUCAGCUCACCCUUCGGCGUCACAUGCCCACACAGGUGCGCAAUGUGAUUCUGCGGGCGCUGCAGCAGUCGCAGAUCGACAAGGGGGCCGCGGGGGCAGGCGCGCAUGCGGCCGCAGACCGCGCCGCGCAGCUGGCUGUGGAGGCCGUCUUCGACCACUGCCUGCAGAUGCUGCGCAACCUGAUAGAGGUGCUGAAGCUCCUGAACGGGGCGCGGCCGUCGGCGUCGUCGGCCGGCCUGGAGCUGCUACUCGCCGCGCGCAGCACCGAAGACGUCGCCUCGCAGCUGCCGCCCAAAAUCGUCACCCACAGCUAUGUACGCCACGAGGCCGACGCCGCCUGGGACUGCCUGCAGGCGCGCCUCCACCCAAUGUUCCUAAUCUGGAAAGGGUAUUAG